AUGGGCAUUUUAAAUGAGUUGCAGUACAAGUGCAUUGAUGAAGCAACUCACCAAAGCUCCCUGAACCUGUCUCUGGAGCUUUCCACGCCUGUGGCACCUCCUGCUGCCAACACUGCUAAGGACGGCACCAGCAUUUUGAUCCCCCAAGCUGCCCAGCUGGGUGGGUGGGAGGAGUCAGAGAGUAAUAAGAUAAGGCACCAUACCCCCACGCACCACACCCGGCGCGUGCCCAUCGGCAACGCUCGUGCCUGCACUCCCGCGCACACCCCGCACAUCCCGCGCCGCUGCGGGCUGUCCCGGGCGGGCACCGAGGGGCACCGGGGGCCGUUGGCCCGGCCCGACCCGGCGCGGAGCGGCGCGGAGCGGAGUGAUGGCGGCGGGGGCGGCGGCGGGGCCGCGGCCCCGGCGCACGAGACGUGCUGGGGCUACUACGACGUGAGCGGGCAGUGGGACAAGGAGUUCGAGUGCAACAACAGCCUCACGGGGUUCCGCUACUGCUGCGGCACCUGCUUCUACCGCUUCUGCUGCAACAAGCGCGCCGAGAAGCUCAACCAGAGCCUGUGUCGCAACUACAAGAGCCCCGAGUGGGCCCACCCCACCACGGCCAGCGGCGCGCUGCCCGCCGACGGCAGCAAAGGCGCCGACGGAGACGCCAACAAGUACGACCCGGACAAGGACAGCACCAAUGCCACUGUCUACAUCUCGUGCGGGGCCAUCGCCUUUGUACUCAUCGCUGGCGUCUUCGCCAAGGUGGCCUACGACAAGGCGCGGCGCCCACCCCGGGAGAUGAACAUACACAGGGCUCUGGCUGACAUCUUAAGGCAGCAGGGACCAAUCCCAAUAGCACACUGUGAAAGAGAGACUAUCUCGGCCAUAGAUACCUCCCCCAAAGAAAACACCCCAGUCAGGACAUCUUCCAAAAACCAUUACACCCCUGUGCGCACCUCCAAAAGCAACCCAGGUCACUAUGGAAAGGAUAUUUAUCGAAGUGGAGGGCCAGAUCUCCAUAAUUUCAUCUCCUCCGGGUUUGUCACAUUAGGAAGAGGACACACGAAGGGUACAGUGGAAACAAUUUUUUGCUAAAUAGAAAAGAUAGUUUUAAAUAAAAGGCUAUAACUGAGAAGCUGGGUUCUAAGUCCUAUGAGAUAACAAUAUUGGACUGCAGUCAGUAGAUUUAGUCUCGCAAAUAACGCUGCAGGUAAAAUCCUAC